AUGAGGUCCCUCACUGACAUGGAAAUUCCGUCCUUCUGGCGCCAAACCUGGGCCUUGACGAAGAAGAACAUCAUCAUCGCCGUCUAUCGAAAAUGGUUCUCGACUCUCCUACGAUCUCUCAUUUUUCCCUUAAUUCUCCAGGUACUCUUACUCGAAAUCCAGAACUUCGCCAAGGACGAGAACAGAUAUGGAGUCGGCGACCCUCACCCUAUUCCCACCCUCGCCGACAGCAUGGCGGCGAGUUCGAAGCCUCUCGUCUUGGUUCAGCAGCCCGGCCUUGGAUCCGACUUUCAGCCCGUCCUCGAGAAGAUUACCAGUCCUCUCGACUCGAAUAAGCUAAUUCACCUCAACGACACGAACGCGAUAGACGUGACUUGCCCGGUUGACUAUCACGGAAACUCACCUUGCUUUGCGGUUGUGAUCUUCAAUGAUUCUCCUCUUAGUGGACACGACAAUGCGACAUGGAACUACACCAUCAGGACGGAUCCCGCCCUCGACUCCGUGGCUUUCAACGUGUACGACGACAAGAGCACUACUGAUAUGGUCUAUCUACCUCUUCAGUCGGCUGUUGAGAAUGCGAUGCUUAACUUGACGGUUAGCCCGGCGUUCUUGCCUUACACGUACGUGACACAGGAACAGAAGGAUGACUACUCGAGGAAGACUUACAUCGCCCUAUCAUUGUACCUCUUGUCGUUCAUCUACUACGUGACAUUCAUUCCGGUUUGCCAGCACCUCACGAGCAUGAUCGCUUCUGAACGUGAAACUGGCAUGUCGGCUCUGAUUGAUGCUAUGGGCGGCGGAGUUGCUGGACCGAGAGUUCUGAGUUAUGUGUUAUUCUUUUACGUUUUGUACUUGCCACUCUGGAUCAUCAUGGGAGUCUUGUACUGGUAUCUCCUUUUCCCUGGCCAGAGCGUAGCCGUUACGAUUUGGUGGCAGAUCUUCACUGGCUGGGCGACUAUCAGUACUACAGCAUACAACACUGCGUACUUCCAGCAUUCGAACAUUGCCAGUCUUUAUAACUCGCUAAUGCCUUGGCUUUUGGCAAUCUUGGCCGCCUUCUCGGAAAACUCCGCCGCAAACCCUCCUCCUGUAGCCCAAGUUGUUUCCUGUUCCCUCUUCUUCCCUAGCAUGAACUUCAUCUACUUCUUCGACUUCAUCGCUAAGGCCGAAGUUGCUGGAAUCCGAGUCAACUUUAUGGAGCCGAUUCCGAAAGCGCUCUUGGACACCGGCAACGGAAAGGGUACGAACUGGACCAACAUCGUCGGUCCCUACUGGCUCUGGAUCCUUCUAGCUGCCCAAAUCGUUGUAUACACGAGUUGCACCGUUCUCCUCGAGCGUUUCAAGCAUGGCAACAACCGUAAGCGCCGAACGUUUAGCACGGAUCAACAAGCAGUCGACUCCCACAUCGCUAUCGAGGCUACCGGUCUAGAGAAGCUUUACAAGCCUCAUUGGUUUAAGAAGCUCUUCUGCUUCGCACGCGACCCGAAGACGAAGGCUGUUGAUGGAUUGGAUCUCAUUUCUCAAAAACAUCAGAUCACUUGUUUGUUGGGACCCAAUGGCUCUGGAAAGACUACGACCUUGGAUAUGCUGGCUGGAUUCGAAAGACCGACUGGUGGCUCGGUAAACUUUAACGCUCUGCCUUCGCAAAUCGGUAUCUGCCCUCAGCGCAAUGUGCUGUGGGAUGACCUGACCGUCUACGAACAUCUUCAGAUCUGGAACACGCUCAAGGGCAAGGAUGAUAACCCGGAGGUCCUUGACCAGCUAAUCGAGAAAUGCGACCUUGCGGCCAAGAAGCACAGCUUUGCGAAGAACUUGAGCGGCGGUAUGAAGCGAAAGUUGCAACUAGCCUGCAUGUUGAUUGGUGACUCCACUGUCUGUUUGAUGGAUGAAGUUACCUCUGGCCUUGACCCCCUUUCUCGCCGCUCUAUCUGGAAUGUGGUUCUGAGUGAGCGAGCGCGGAGAACAAUGAUCCUAACUACUCACUUCCUUGAUGAAUGUGAAGUUCUAUCAGACCACAUCGUUAUUGUCACUCUUGGAAAGGUGAAGUGUCAAGGAACUCCUACGUUACUGAAGAACCAAUACGGAGGCGGCUACCGUGUUCACAUCCCGAAGACAGAAGACAUCACUGGAAUCGAAUACCCGGUAAAGGAACAUCACGACAGGCUUAUUUGCCAAACGCCGGAUUCGAAGUCCGCUGCCGGCGUCUUAGCUUCUCUUAAGAACUCGAGCGACUCUGAGCUAUACAUCACCGGUCCAACAAUCGAGGACGUGUUCCUAACGGUCUCGGAAGAACCGCACACUCUUAUCGGCGAGACACUUGAAAUCCAACCCACCGAAUCCGAGCGAAGCAGGGUCAAGGCACCGCAAGGCGAACUACCUUUAUGGAAAUCAUAUUCGCAACAAUUCAGCGCUCUCUUCAUCAAGCGAGUCCAGAUUCUGAAGAACAAUUGGUGGGCGUACUUGUUCUGCCUUGCCAUUCCUCUCGUCGCGACCCAUUUCAUCAACGACUUCCUGAAAGGUUACCAAACUCCCGACUGCAACAGCCUCAUCUCGUUCAACUCUUUCGACAGCCGAAUGACCGUUAGCAACGAGGGUGUGCUCGCGGUUGGUCCUCCAACUGUCAAUAGCACCAUCAUGAAGGUAAUCGAUGAGACGAACCCGUACCACUACGAUAUCGGCAACGGACCCUUUGUCAUCGAUACUGAGGUGGAUCUCGUGAAAUUCAUUCAUUACUACGCCUACAACAUCUCGAACGGUGGUGGGAUUUGGCUCAGCAACGACACGAUCCCGCUUAUUGCCCACGAUGCCAUGACUGGCCAGUCAGGCGCUACUAGUCUCCUGAACCUCGUCAACCAGGUCCGCAGCAAUACUACCGUCGCGGGAUACACAUCAAACCUCAAAUCUUACCACCAAGCUGAAGGAGGCGACAGCGUAUUCUACGUCACUGUUUUCUGUCUGCUACAGGCUCUCUACCCAGCUUUCUUCUCCCUAUACCCGACCUACGAACGCCGAUCUCAAGUACGAGCCCUACAAUACUCCAACGGCAUCCGACCAUUCCCCCUGCUAUUCUCGUAUUGGAUGUUCGACUUCAUGUUCGUCCUAGUAAUCAGCGCCGGGUGCACCGCCCUGAUCGCCAAUGCAGCUCCCUGGUUCGGAAUCGGCUACGUCUGGUUCAUCCAAGUACUCUACGGACUCGCCGCCAUCCUCUUCGCGUACCUGAUCGCUCUGCUAGCUCGUUCGCAACCCGCGGCCUACGCCUACAAUGUCUUAUUCCAGGGUGCCAUGUACGCGCUCUCGAUCGUCACCCUCCUGAUCGUCCAGCGCACCGACGGCUCCAACCAGCGGACCAACGACGGCACCGCCUUCGGCCUCGGCGUCAUCUUCCCGAUCCAGAACCUGAUGCGCGGCAUGGCCAUCAGCCUGAACAUGUACAUCGUGCGGUGCCGCGGGCAGACCAUGGUGACGAACCCGGGCUCGAUCUACGCCUUCGGCGGGCCGAUCAUGCUCCUGAUCCUGCAGAUCAUCGGCCUGUUCUCGCUCCUGCUGUGGAUCGAGGGUGGCAGCUUCGCGUGGGUCAAGCAGCCCAAGGCGAUCCCGCCGCCGUCGCGCGCGGGCGACAUCGAGAAGACGCUAGCCGACCACCGCGAGGACGUCAACGCCGAGACGGCGCGCGUCACGGCCUCCGAGACCGACCUGCUGCGCGCGCUGCACGUCUCCAAGAGCUUCGGCCACAAGCCGGCGGUCGAGGACGUGUCGCUCGGGCUGAGGGAGGGCGAGAUCCUGGCGCUGCUGGGCCCCAACGGCGCCGGGAAGACGACGAUGAUCAACAUGAUCCGCGGCGAUCUCACCCCUGAUACUGGCAGGAUCUACCUCGAAGGCGUCGACGUGCUGCAUCACAAGCGCCUGGCGCAGAGGCACCUCGGUGUCUGCCCCCAAUUCGACGCCCUCGACCUCCUCACCGUGCGCGAGCACCUGACCUUCUACGCGCGGUGCAAGGGCGUGGAAGACGCCCACCGCGCCGUCGCCUACGUGAUGUCGCGCGUCGGGAUAACCGCGCACGCCGCCAAGCCCGCGAACAAGCUCUCAGGCGGCAACAAGCGCAAGCUCAGCCUCGCCAUCGCCCUACUCGGCGACCCUCCGGUGCUGCUCCUCGACGAGCCGUCGUCCGCCAUGGACGCCGCCUCGAAGCGCGUGCUCUGGCGCACCCUCGAGGCCGUGGCGCCCGGGCGCAGCGUCCUGAUCACCACGCAUUCGAUGGAGGAAGCGGACGCGCUGGCCACGCGCGCCGCUAUCGUGGCGAAGAAGGUGCUUGCGGUGGGCACGACGCAGGCUUUGCGCAAGACGCAUUCGAAUGAGUACCAUGUCCAUCUUAUCCUGCGCAGCGCGCCGCUGUCGAAGACGGAUGAGAUGCGGGCUCUUGAGGAUUGGGCUAGACGCACUUUUGGUGGCGCUGUGCGCUUCGAGGGAGAGAGCUUGGGCGGGCAGGUUCGGUUUAUUGUGCCGACGGAUGUUGCGGUGCCGGGAAGACGGAGCUCGGAUUCUGCUUCGGAGGGCGAGGAGAGUAGUAGCUCCUCUGGCAGCAGUGAGGCAGAGGAGGAUAAGAUCGAGGUCGUGCAUGCGAUUAGCGAUUACGGGGACGAGGACGAGAAGGUGAAAGAUCAGGCCGUGGUGAGAGUGAGUCCGGCGCGCGCGCACGCGACGCAGAACUUCACGCGGUUCUUGAUCGAGACGUUGGAGGCGCAGAAGGAGGCCCUGGGCGUGGAGAGCUAUUCGAUCUCCGCGGCGACGAUGGAGUCUGUUUUCAUGAAGGUGGUUAAGGAGAGCGAUGCGGUCGAGCAUGAGGAGGUGGAUAGGCGGAGGUGGUGGCAGUGGUGA